AUGGCAAACAGCACCAGAGUGAGAGAGUUCAUAUUGUUAGGGCUGACCAACAACCCUCAACUUGCCAUUGGCCUUUUCCUCAUCUUGCUUGGGAUUUACCUUUUAACAUUGAUAGGAAACAUGUUGAUUAUUAUUAUCACACUGGUCAACGCCCAACUGUAUAGCCCGAUGUAUUUUUUCCUCCGACAUGUGGCAUGGAUAGAGAUCGGGUACAUGAGCACCAUCAUUCCUAAAACACUGAUCAACACGGCCACUGGCAGCAAAAGCAUCACUUUAGCUGGUUGCUUGGCACAGAUGUUUCUCUACUUUGUUCUUGGCACCACUGGGUUCCUUCUACUGGCCGUAAUGUCUAUUGAUCGAUACAUAGCCAUCUGUAACCCUCUUCGCUAUCCAGCCAUCAUGAAUGAAGAAAUCUGCUGCUUAUCGGUACUUUGUUGCUGGAUUGGGGGUUUGUCACUAAUUUUAGGUCCAUCCAUUCUCUUCUUUCAAAUGCCAUAUUGUGGACAUAACAACGUCGUCAAUCAUUUCUUUUGUGACAACGGACACCUAAUCAAACUAUCAUGUGUUGACACCAGCCUCUUAGAACUGAUCGAUUUUAUGAUUGCCGUAUUCUCUUUGCUUGGGACCUUAGUUGUCAACCUUGUGUCUUACAUCAAAAUCGUUUCUACAAUUCUGAGAAUCCCAUCCAUUACAGGGAGGAGGAAGACCUUCUCCACUUGCGCCUCACACAUGACUGUGGUCUUCGUCACCUACAGCAGUUGUAUUUUCAUGUACAUAAGACCCAAAGGCAGCAGCAAUUUAGAUUUCAACAAAAUAACGGCUCUUUUGAAUACUGUCAUGGCUCCACUUUUGAUCCCGUUCAUAUAUUGUCUGAGGAACAAGCAAGUGCAAGAUGCUUUGAGGACCGAACUGAGACAAUGGGUUGGGUUUUGCAAGAGAUGA